GACUGGAAGCCGACGUCAAGACUCCGUCCACCCCUGAGAGACGCGUCGCUCGAGCAGUGAAGAUGUUCUGUACUGCGCGUCAGAAAGGCGCUCCAGAGGUUCUGCCACGGAAACAAGGUGCUGUAAUUGUGCAUAAUGAAAUGCAGGUGAUUCAGGAAGAACAACAGAUAGCAGUGUGGACUCUGUGCUAGUCUCAGUGCUAGAGUCCCCCCAACUGUGAGAAGAAAAGUGGUCAUCAUGAUAGACCUGAGCCACCUGAGCGAGGAGGAGCAGGAGAUGAUCAUGACGGUUUUAAAGAGGGAUGCUGAGUUGAAGAAAGCAGAGGAGGAACGAAUCAAACAUCUGCAGAAAGCCGUCCCAGAGGAAGUCAAACGCAAAUUUAUGUCAGGAGAAUGGUUCUAUGAAGCAAAGUCACAGAGACACCAGGACAGGAUUCAUGGCUCUGAAAUCAUCAUGGCAUCGAUGAAGCAAAGGAAACCCUCAGUUGUUGAGUAUUUAACCAAGUCGUGGGGCGGCAGAUCCAGAAGCAUCAGUCGAAAAGAUAGUGAUGUCAACAUGACGUCUCCUAAAGUCACACAAACUACUGAGUCCUCAGAGCAUCUAAAAGAGAGGGAAAAUUGUGAGACAUUAGAAGUUCAGCAAGAAAAACUAAACAUCGGCAUGAGAUCGCCAUCCAAGCCAAGGCACAACCCAUUUAACAGUGUUCCAGUAGAGCUUGAUUUUGAGGAAACUGAUAUCCACUUUACAUCAGGACCUGGUCUCAGGAAAUCAUUAGACAGAGGCUCUGAUUCACAAGUAAAACAUCAGGAAGCAAGUCAUGGUGUAGGUAAUAGUGAGGUUUUUAACACCCCACACAACAAACCUCCUGGUCAAAAGCCUGUGCCAAAGAAGAGGACCAAAAUCAACAAACCACAGAGCUCUGUCUCAGACAGCACCAAUUCUGUGUCCAGCCAGGGUGUGUCCACCACAGCAGGCUCAGGUAUUAGGUCUCCACCACCAAGUAUCCCUAAACAUAGCUCCAAUGAGCCCUCUCUCAAGAGCCAGCUGCCGCAACCAGUAGUGUCCUUAAGCUAUGUUCGCAAAAACAGCAGUCAAGAAAAGGAUCUUGAAGAAUCUAGACUUUCUCUGGGUAGUACAGAAGAAUCAGGUAGCAAAACUGAAAACAAAGAGCAGUUUAGCUCUCCUUCACCACUGAAGUUGCCAAAGUCACGUUUACCAGUAAGAGCUUCAUCGCAACUGAUAAACCCUCCACAAAGCUUACAAGAAAAGCCAAAAAUAAAACCACGUCUAAGUCUGAACUCUAUCACAAGAGGAGAUGAUGCCAAAAAAGUGGAAGAACUUGUAAAACAAAGAAGAGAAACAAAUAGUUGCCAUCCUCAGACAUCAAGUAUGGAAUUAGAGGGCCAAAACAUUUCUGGUGAAAUUAACCUUCCACGUGAGAAUGCAAUGUUCACGUUGACUGACAACUCUGCAAAGCCACUGGAUGAGAUCACUGCCCCUCAACCUACGAUGCACAAAUCUGGGAAUGUGGAAAAUCAUAUGAGUCUUUAUCCAAAAUCAGAAACGAUAGGAACUGAAGAAAAUAUGAAGAAAACUGUUGGUAUGAGCCACAUUUUUUAGAAAUGUAAAGAUUUGUUAAAGGAAAUAUUCACCCAAAAAUGAGAAUUUUUGUUAUUUACCCAUCAUCAUGUCAUUUCAAACCUGUAAGACUGACUGACUUCUGCCGAACACAGGGGAUAAUUUAACAAGCAGUCGGUUAAAUUUUGGGUGAGCUGACAAAUAAUGGCAGUGACACUGGGUCUCAAUUGAGUGCCUAAAGCACCCAAGUGUGUCAGCAAAAUACACAUUUCACAUUUUGGUAAAAUACUAUUUGAUAUUCAAGCACUCAUCCAGUUCUUCACACUCCAGUCCGGUAGGUGAUGGAAAUGUUCACCCUUCUACUGCGUCAACAAACCAACUUACAAGAAAAUGCCAACAAUAUAGAAAAUUCACACAAUUAGAUAUUUAUUACAUUUUCUUCUUUGUGCUUCUACUGCUGUGUUCUGCAGAAGAAAGAAAGUCAUAU